AGUGUAUGGCAAAGCCCGCUGGGCAACUAUCUCUAAAUGUGUAGGGGCAGAGCAUGGUGGUUCAGAGCUUUCUCAUGCAGCACCCUUCACCAUAUCAGGUAAAUACCAAGGAGUGAGAUGGCUGAUUGUAUGAUAAACAAAACUCAACAACAAACAUCUAAAAUGAAGAGGCCUCAAACUUUUGAGGAGCAAACAGAAUGCAUCAUGAACACUCUACUCACAAACUUCCUGAGCCCAACAUUGCAGGUUGCUAACCGGGACCUGGGCUCUAUAGACGAGCCUGACUCAGGAGAGCCUUCCUCUUUUGAUGUGGCUGUCAUUGCUGCUCGCCUUCGGAUGUUGGGUGACCAAUUCAAUGGAGAAUUGGAAGCUUCUGCUAAAAACGUCAUUGCAGAAACCAUUCAGGGACAGGCAGGAGCUAUACUCCAACAUACAGUGCAAUCUCUCAGCAAGGCCUGGUGUGCUCAGGAUUCCAGUCUAGUUUAUGAGCGAGCCUUUCUGGCAGUGUCAGUGAAACUUCUUGAAUACGUGGUCCGUGUAGCUCCUGAAAUGGCAAGACAGAUGGCUAUCCCCAUGACGGGUAUGAUCAAUGGGAACCCAGCCAUUCGGGAGUUCAUCCAAGGCCAGGGAGGGUGGGAAAAUCUGGAGAGCUGAAGAAGUGGAGUUAUUCCCCAGGCCAAGCAUCACUUCCUCUUUGACUGAACAAGGGACUGACUUCUGGCAAUUAAAAUAGACAAAAAAAUCAAAACCACUCACUUCAUCUGGCAGAACUGAACUUAGCUGAAAAAGUAAUUUUCUAUUGAUUGUUAAAGUUAGGAGAAACUCCCAGAAGCCUAUAGAGAUUUUUAUACUUUCUUACUUCACAUGAAUUUUAAUGAGACUUUGUUGAAACAGAGACCUCCAGACACAAAGUAAUGACUUGCUAUUAGAAAAAUUCUAGGCAACAGGGCGGGCCUUUGCUGGAAAUGUUUUGGAGGAAACAGAAAACACUGGAAACUAUUCUUUCAGAUUUAGCCCUUUUGGUAAGGAUCUAUCUAUUAAUUUUGCAGUCUAAAGGAUUUCAGGGAGACUUUUCGUUGAAAAAUAUUAUGUUAUUUCAAGUUGAGAAUUUUCUCUCAAAUUUAUCUCUAAAUUUCAUGUUAAUUUCACCUGAGCAGAAUUUAUUUUAUGUAUUUUAGAAGUUAGCAACCAAAAAUAGCAGUUUGUUCAUCUAGCCUUCUAUUAGGAAGAUCAAAGAAAGAUUAAAGUUAUUGCAUUUUUAUUGCCACAGGAUGUAGGAAGGGCCAUCCCAUGUCAAGAAUGGUAGGGCCACCCCAGCUUAGAUGAUGCUAGUUGCUUACCACAGAGUGUUUUAUUUGCUUUCCAUACUGGAGAUUGAACCCAGGGAUGCUUUACCACUGAGACACAUCCCCAGCCCUUUUUAUUUUUUGAGACAGGGUCUCAUUAAGUUGCUUAGGGCCUCUCUAAAUUGCUGAGGCUGGCCUCAAACUUGAGAUCCUCCUGUCUCAGCCUCCUGAGUUGCAAGGAUUACAUGCAUGAACCACUGGGCCCCAACAGAGUUUUUUAAAGUAUGGUUCACCCAGCACUUGAGAGUUUUAUUGCUGAUUCCCAGGCCUCACCCCUAGAAAUUUUGAUUUCGUAGGAGUGAACUGGGGCCUUGGAACCUAUCUUUUCAACUCCACAGGUGAUUCUAAUGCACAUAGAGUUUGAGAACCAUCACUUUGGAGAAAUUGUUGAGAAAUUACAAACCAUAGCCAAAUCUAUCAUGCUAUCUUUUUUCUUUUUUUGUUAAUAAAGUUUUAUUGGAAUGUAAUGUCGCUCAUUUGUCUAUAGGUUGUCUGUGGCUGCCUUAACUCUGUAGUAGAGUUGGUUAGGGCAAACAGCAUGUGGCCCAUUGAGUCUAAAAUAUUUACUAGCUGACUCUACAGGAAAAGUUUGCUGAUCUCUGCUCUAAAGCUAAAUGAACUUUUCUUCUUGAAUAAUUUUAAACUUUGUUGCAGUACUCAUA